AUGUGGUUGUUGCAGACGUGUUGUGCAGCAGAUGUGUUUUUGCAGACGUGUUUUGCAGGCAAGACGUGUUGUUGCAGCAGACGUGUUGUUGAGCAGCAGAACUGUUGUUGGCAGCAGACAAGGGUUGUCUUGCAGCAGUACGUGUGUCGCAGCAACGUGGUUGUUGCAGACGUGUUUUGCAGCAGACGUGUUGGUCGGCAGCAGAACGUGUUGUCGCAGCAGAAACACACGUGUUGUUUGCAGCAGACGUGUUGUUGCAGCAACGGGGUUGUUGCAGCAGACGUGUUGUUGCAGCAGACGGUUGUUGCAGCAGACGUGUGGUGUGGCAGCAAGACUGUUGUCGCAGCAGACCGUGUUGUUGCAGACGUGUUGUUGCAGCAGACGUUUUUCGCCGGCAGUCCGUGUUGUCGCAGCAGACAUGUUGUUCUGCCACGACGUGUUGUUGCCAAGCAGGCGCUGUUAGUUGAGCAGACGUUGCAGCAGGCGUGUUUGUCCGCAGCAGGGGUGUGGUCGGCAACAGACGUGCGGUUUGUUGCAGCAGACGUGUUGUCCGCAGAAGACUGA